GAGAGUCUGGUAGAGGGAGGAGGACAGUAAUGGCAGCAUUCCUAGACUCAUUUCUCUUCUUGUAUGUCUAUCUGGUCGUGAUUGUUUUCUCUUCCUUCCUUUUCAUGACAGAGCCAUCCCCUCUUUUCUCUUCUUGUAAAGUAAGGAAGAAGUUCUAUCUGAAUGGGAUGCACAAGCCUGGUGAUGUGAUUCUGGGUGGACUGUUUGAAGUCCACUACACCUCUGUCUUCCCCGAGUUGACAUUCACAUCAGAGCCAAACCAGCUCAGAUGCCAAGGCUUUGACCCUCCAGGAUUCAGGCAUGCCAUGUCGAUGGCCUUUGCUAUUGAUGAGAUCAACAAGAACCCGGAUCUGCUUCCUAAUGUGACUCUGGGAUACAGUCUUUAUGACAACUGUGCUACACUUGUAACUGGAUUUAGUGCUGCAUUGUCACUGGCAAGUGGUAAAGAAGAGCAGUUUUUGCUUCAGGAGAAUUGUUUGGGGACCCCUCCAGUCCUAGGGAUUGUGGGGGAUUCCUUCUCGACAUUUUCUAUUGCAACCUCUGAUGUGCUAGGUUUAUUCAAAUUGCCCAUUGUGAGUUAUUAUGCCACAUGUUCCUGCCUGAGCAAUCGCCAGAGGUUUCCAUCUUUCUUCAGAACAAUCCCAAGUGAUGCUUUCCAGGUUCGUGCAAUGAUUCAGAUUCUAAAACGCUUUGGCUGGACCUGGGCCGGUCUGCUGGUGAGUGAUGAUGAUUAUGGACUCCACGUUGCCCGAUCCUUUCGAUCAGACUUGGCUCAGUCUGGUGGAGGUUGUCUGUCCUACUCAGAGAUUUUGCCCUGGGGUGACAACACAGCAGAACUAAAGAGGAUCGUCGAAGUGAUGAAGAAAUCCACAGCUCGUGUGGUCAUCGUGUUUGCACAUCAGAUCCACAUGAUUCAACUCAUGGAAGAGGUGGUGAGGCAGAAUGUGACAGGCCUGCAGUGGCUGGCCAGUGAAGCUUGGACAGCAGCGGCUGUGCUCCAGACCCCUCGCCUCAUGCCAUACCUUGGUGGCACACUGGGAAUUGCCAUUCGCCGAGGAGAAAUACCAGGGCUCAGGGAUUUUCUGUUGGGAUUACGUCCUGACCUGCAUGACAGCAAUAACAAUGGGAAUAGCCUGAUCAGACUGUUCUGGGAAAACACCUUUCAGUGUAGAUUUGCACCACCUCCAGCAGGUUGGGUUGAGGCUGGUGCAACACUGUGCACUGGUGAUGAAGACCUGGAGAAUAUGGAGACUGAGUUUUUGGAUGUUUCCAAUCUCAGGCCUGAGUAUAACAUUUACAAGGCUGUGUAUGCACUGGCCUAUGCCCUUGAUGACAUGUUGCAUUGUGAGCCAGGGAAAGGCCCUUUCAGUCGAAACAGCUGUGCUGUUUUGCAGGGACUGGAGCCAUGGCAGCUCAUGCAUUACUUGGAAAAAGUCAACUUUACAACAUCAUUUGGUGAUCAAGUGUCAUUUGAUGAGAAUGGUGAUGCCUUACCAAUCUAUGAUGUCAUGAACUGGCUGUGGCUCCCUGAUGGAAGAACGGAAGUUCAGAAUGUGGGUGAGGUCAAGAGUUUGGCCUUCAAAGGUGAAGAACUCACAAUUGAUGAAGACAAAAUAUUCUGGAACUAUGACUCUAAACAGCCACCCCUGUCAAUUUGCAGUGAGAGCUGCCCCCCAGGUACCCGUACAGCCAGGAAAAGGGGACAGCCUGCGUGCUGCUUUGACUGCAUCCCUUGCUCAGAGGGAAAGAUCAGCAAUGAAACUGACUCCAUGGAGUGUACCAGCUGUCCUAAGGACUUCUGGUCCAGCCCCCAGCGUGACCACUGUGUUCCCAAGAAAAUAGAGUUUCUCUCCUACCACGAGCCUCUGGGUAUCUGCUUGACAGUUGCGUCAUUGUUGGGCACAUUUAUCUGUGCUAUUGUCCUGGGUAUCUUCACCUAUCAUCGUGGUACACCUAUGGUGAGUUAUUAUGCCACAUGUUCCUGCCUGAGCAAUCGCCAGAGGUUUCCAUCUUUCUUCAGAACAAUCCCAAGUGAUGCUUUCCAGGUGGUGAGGCAGAAUGUGACAGGCCUGCAGUGGCUGGCCAGUGAAGCUUGGACAGCAGCGGCUGUGCUCCAGACCCCUCGCCUCAUGCCAUACCUUGGUGGCACACUGGGAAUUGCCAUUCGCCGAGGAGAAAUACCAGGGCUCAGGGAUUUUCUGUUGGGAUUACGUCCUGACCUGCAUGACAGCAAUAACAAUGGGAAUAGCCUGAUCAGACUGUUCUGGGAAAACACCUUUCAGUGUAGAUUUGCACCACCUCCAGCAGGUUGGGUUGAGGCUGGUGCAACACUGUGCACUGGUGAUGAAGACCUGGAGAAUAUGGAGACUGAGUUUUUGGAUGUGUCCAAUCUCAGGCCUGAGUAUAACGUUUACAAGGCUGUGUAUGCACUGGCCUAUGCCCUUGAUAACAUGUUGCAGUGUGAGCCAGGGAAAGGCCCUUUCAGUCGAAACAGCUGUGCUGUUUUGCAGGGACUGGAGCCAUGGCAGCUCAUGCAUUACUUGGAAAAAGUCAACUUUACAACAUCGUUUGGUGAUCAAGUGUCUUUUGAUGAGAAUGGUGAUGCCUUACCAAUCUAUGAUGUCAUGAACUGGCUGUGGCUCCCUGAUGGAAGAACUAAAGUUCAGAAUGUGGGUGAGGUCAAGAGGUCGGCCUUCAAAGGUGAAGAACUCACAAUUGAUGAGGACAAAAUCUUCUGGAACUUCGAUUCUAAACAGCCACCCCUGUCAAUUUGCAGUGAAAGCUGCCCCCCAGGUACCCGUACAGCCAGGAAAAGGGGACAGCCUGUGUGCUGCUUUGACUGCAUCCCGUGCUCAGAGGGAAAGAUCAGCAAUGAAACUGACUCCACAGAGUGCACCAGCUGUCCUAAGGACUUCUGGUCCAGCCCCCAGCGUGACCACUGUGUUCCCAAGAAAAUAGAGUUUCUCUCCUACCACGAGCCUCUGGGUAUCUGCUUGACAGUUGCGUCAUUGUUGGGCACAUUUAUCUGUGCUAUUGUCCUGGGUAUCUUCACCUAUCAUCAUGGUACACCUAUGGUACGUGCCAACAAUUCAGAACUGAGUUUCCUACUCUUGGUGUCACUUAAGUUAUGUUUCCUGUGCUCACUACUGUUUAUCGGCCGUCCAAGACUGUGGACAUGUCAGCUGAGACAUGCGGCAUUUGGGAUCAGCUUUGUGCUUUGUGUCUCUUGCAUCCUGGUGAAAACAGUUGUGGUUGUAGCUGUGUUCAAGGCCUCCAAGCCAGGAGGUGGAGCCAGUCUGAAGUGGUUUGGUGCAAUGCAGCAGAGAGGGACAGUUAUUGCUCUUACAUCAAUCCAAGUAGCAAUCUGCACUGCUUGGCUCAUGUCUGCCUCACCAGCUCCUCAUAAAAACACCCAAUACCACAAUGACAAGAUAGUUUAUGAGUGUGUAGCUGGGUCUACAAUUGGUUUUGCAGUGUUACUGGGUUACAUUGGCUUACUGGCUAUCCUUAGCUUCCUGUUUGCAUUUCUGGCACGGAACCUUCCAGACAACUUUAAUGAUGCAAAACUCAUCACCUUCAGCAUGCUGAUCUUCUGUGCUGUGUGGGUGGCCUUUGUCCCUGCUUAUGUCAACUCACCAGGCAAAUAUGCAGAUGCAGUGGAGGUAUUUGCCAUCCUGGCCUCCAGUUUUGGUCUCUUGGUGGCACUGUUUGGACCCAAAUGUUUCAUUAUCCUGCUGAGACCUGAGAGGAACACAAAGAAAGCAAUCAUGGGUCGAGGUACAAGCACGUCAUAA